AUGACUAUCAAACAGGAUGAUUACGUAGUGAUAGAAGGUCACGGAUGCAUGAGCGCUCCUCUAAAAAUCGAGAAUAAGAAGUGCAAGUUUAACAGACAGGAGUUUAAUCUGCUCGAUCUUGAGGGAUUAGAAUAUUACAUGGCCUAUAAAAUUGAGAACGAUGUGUUUACACUUGUGGGUGAAUCGAAACAAUUAGAAGAAAAUGGAGAGAAGAAACACAAAGAAGCGAAUGGCAUCGAAGGUGACAAUGAUAUGGCUGUGAUUUAUGCGGAUAAAUUCAAUUUCUAUGAACACAAAGAUAACUUUAGCAGGAAUCGGAGCAAAUAUGACGAUAAUGAUGAUCAAGGCAGUGACAUCAAUAAGAAUAACGAAGAAGAGAUGACAAUGGAAGAAAGAACAAGGAGGAAGUACAAAAAUAAAAAGAAUGAAAAAAAAGAAAAAAGAAUAAUUGUUCACGAAUUAACACCUCAUUCUUUUCAUUCCUCAUUAACAAAAAGGAAGAAAACCUUUUCUUUAAGUGCCAUAGCAUUUUUGUCAUUCUACUUAGAAAAGGAUCGCAGUGUUUUGAUUUAUGAUGAUAAGAAUGCGCUUCUUUCGUAUACCGCAUUUUACAAAAACGUAAAAAACAUCGAUGUGGUGGGAGCGAAGCAAAGUGUCAGGAAAGUUGGUGAUUAUACCAUCAAAUACACAACUUUGAGCGAGACAUUAGGUUUUUAUGAUGUAAUAAUUCUUGCAGACAUCCAUGAUGCGGUGGAAAACCAACUCCUGUGUGAAAAAGUUCAUUCGCAUCUGAACGAUCAAUUGGUUGUUUACAGAAGGAAUAGAGGUGAUGCAGAAAAAUGUUUUGAGUAUUUGUUGAAUAAUAAAUUAUAUGUGAACGUGCGAAUGAGUGACUUUUUCUGUAGGAGAUAUACGAUCGAGAGUAUGCAUCCUGUGGUGAGAGGAGACUAUAACGAAGGCUAUGUUAUUACGGCAAACAAGGUCGUAGAUAUGUCGGAAUGUUUAGCAACAGAUGGGGGGCUUGUUGCGCAAAAGGAGACAAAACAUUUCUCAGCAGAUGAGGUAAAACCAGAAAUUGUAAUGGUUAACAAACAAAAUACCGACAAAGAAGACACAUCCAUGAGUUCAAUGAUAAAAUCAGCGGAUAUCAAUGAUGCUACAAGUGGAAAAAGGAAAAAUUUGGAAGGGAGAGGAUUAAAUGCAGAAUGUGAAAUAGUUGAUUUACAAACUGAUAAAAACGACACUGAAAACGAAAAUGAGGAUGUGACUUGCAAACGCAAGCACUUGUCCGACGAAUAA